CCGCCGGGAGGAAAUACCGCAGGUCCCGUGCCGUUAAGGCAAGUUAACAGCUGUUUACUCGCCGUUACCUUUUGCUGUUACUAUGCUUGUGUUGCAUCACCAUAAUUAUAUCAAGAGAUUCCGCCAUUUGAAUCCUGUGACAUGCAAAGGGAAGGGCGGUGGAUUGCCAAUCGACCUGCUUGAGGCCAUGGAAUCCCUCACAGCUGCACAGGAUUGAGGUUGUAAAAGGAAUUCACAGGCAAUAUCAAGGCCUUUUCUUUCAGAUAGACAAAGCUGAGUUUUUAAAGGGAUUUAGGUCUGAGAUGCUUGUGGUUGAUAGUAAUUGAUUGAGAGAUACUACACCUGGAUAAUGGAGAGCUUUGCAACACCUUACCCAAUAUUUUUCUUUGAUGGAGAACAUGAUCAAGAAAAAGGUCAUGUUGGUGUGCAUUCUGCUCUUACAUUCAAGCGCUUUCAGGCUCAGAUGAGCCAGAAAACUGGGAUUCCGGCCAACCAGUUAUCAGCAGUUUUUGUUUGUAAAAAGACAUAUAGAGAUGUUGAAAAACGGCAGAAGCUACCUAUAAAUGAAAACACUAAUUUCAGCAUCAUUCUCAACCAGCAUAAUCCAAGCAAAGAAAAGGAUUGCCACUUUUUGGUUUCUAUUAAAAAGUCCAAGAAGGAGAGGAAAGUUUCAAGGAAACGCAGUGCUGAUGUUGAAAAUAAUGCAGAUGAUGAUGAUGAGGAUGAUGAUGUUGAAAAUAAUGCUUUCUUAUCUCCCACCUCCCCAAUGGACUGGUCUUCUCCUUCUGAAAGUGGCAGCAUUGAAGGAUCUGGUAAUGUUUCACCAGCCAAUCGAAUAGUAUCUGAUGGCAAGGUAGAGUUGACAUUACUGAGACGUCCUGAUACUCUUCAAUCUGGAUAUACAGCAGAAAAAAAAGAUGUGGAUGAUUGUGCUGUAGAACCACAGGUGGAAAAUUGUUCAGGUGUUGUCGAAAGCAAGAAUGAGAGUGCAAACACGCCUGCUGCUGUUCAAUCUCACUCAGCAAACUUGAAUGUGCAACAGGAAUAUCAAAGAAAACAUGAUGUACAAGCUAUUCAAGAGAUUCCUUUUGGAGCAUAUGAAGUUUCACCUGAGAGAGGAAUUAGCCAGAGGCUUAUGUCCUCUCAAUUCAAUGUCCAAAUGCCUCAUUCUGAACUUUUUAAUCAUGAGAGAUAUGGUGAAAAUAUCUCCCAAGUCCCAAAUCUUAGACCCAGCAUGAGUAUGAUCAGAAAUGGAGUUGUAUCAGCAGGCUAUGCAGCUCAAUUUAACAGGGCAUCGAAUAUGUCACCUUCCUUUUCGCUGUCUAUGUCACCACCUUUAUCCAAUCAUUUUGGAGGUAGGGCAUCAACUUCAUCAAUGUCUUCUGCAGGUUUCUUCCCAUCCAGAGUACCAUUCCCCAGCCCUGCUGCACCUGUUUCAUUCACUUCAAGGGACAUUAAUCUGCAAAGAAUGCAGUCUCACAUACUACAGGCUCACCACCAUGAGCCUCAAGUACGUAUGACACCUCAUGAUCUUCCCAGAUAUAAUGCAGGAUUCUGCAAUUGGGUACCUGUAGUUACCACUCAAGGAGAUCACCAGCAAAGCUUGUGUGAAGUUUGUUAUGAUUUUAAAAGAAGGAACAUUUACCCCACACCUUUUCAUUGGUGUGUUCAAGAUAGGGUUACUUUGGGUUUUAGAGGGCCAUCUCCUGCAGGACCAAUAGAAAGGCCAGGGAAGCGUCGUCUUCGAGUUGCAGGUUAAUGUCAUGAAUUUAUGUGCAGUUGUAGGCUUUCUUUGGUGUUUGGAUUUCACAGUGUAAAUUGUUCUUUGGUUUUUAUAUAGUUUUCUAAUAGGUGUUGUUGACAUCCUUGUGGGCCUAUAGCCUCUAUAGCCUCUAGAAAAUAAUCUCAAUACUUGUUCUACCCCCUAUAACGUUACUGUUCUGUUCAUCUGCAAAUAUCAAAUCCGUGAUUUUUGGAAUGUUUUACUAUUGACCUGUCAAACAGCAAGGUUUUAUUCUAUUGUUCUACAUUCUCUUGAUUGACAGAAGCUGAUAAUAUUAUGAAGAAGUGGGACUCGAUCUUAA